CUCUACAAUGGUGAAAGCCUUCGUGCAUAGCUACAAUGGCAGAUCUUGGUGAUUCAUCUGGCUAUGAUGAUUCUAAUCGAGCCUUUCUACAAGCCUUCCUUGCUCGCAGUGUCCUAACGCUAGCAACUGCCCAACCCAUCCUUUCAGCCCUCCUCACGUACCGCGAUGGCCGCGAAGUUCAGCCUCAAGAUGUCACGAUCGAAGAUCUGAAUGCCUACAUUGCAGACUCGAACCAACGACUGUCCCCGCUUGACCUAGAAAUCCGAAGUACAUUCCACCAAAAGACUCGGGAGCGUAUCUACGCUCUGGUCAACACCACCAGUGACCCACUGACGCAACUAGCCACGACAUAUUCAGCGGACGAGAUAGUAUAUCUGAAAAAGCUGCUCGAUGCCAUGUUUGACGGCCCCAACAAUCGAGGGAAGAAGGAGGCCAUGUGUCUGAGUGGUAUCGACGCCAUACAGGUUGGACGGACCCAGGGCAACAGGAGGACGACACAGGACGGAGAUGGGAAUGCGACACAGGCAAAUGCAAGUACAUUGGGCGCAAAGGACGCCGAGACCAUGCUCGCCAAACUCGUCGAGGAAGGCUGGCUGGAAAAGAGCAGGAGUGGCUUCUACAGCUUAAGUCCGCGAGCGUUGAUGGAGCUGAAAGGCUGGCUUGUCGAUACAUACAACGACGAAGACGAGGAUGGCGAGACGAACAACAAGAUUAAAUUCUGCCAUGCUUGCAAGGAAAUCAUUACCGUCGGUCAGCGAUGUCCACGACGUGAAUGCAGAUGCCGGUUACACGACAUUUGCACACAGAAUUUCUUCCGGAUGCAGCGAUCGCAGACCUGUCCGAUUUGCAAGACGGAAUGGGAUGGACGACAUUAUGUUGGGGAGAAAGCGAUCACGACGUCGGAGAGUUAUCAGAUGAGCAGGCGAAGAAGCGGGCACAGAAAAUCAGCUGAGGCGCAGAGACAGAGAGAUGCCGACGAAGACGAGCAGGGAAAUGAAGACACUUGACAUCUUUUUGGGACCGUCGCUCUUUUACUAUGUCGCUCGAGGAAAUCUUCCCUGCGCCUGCACCUGCGCGAAAGAUCGUGAGCACUUCUACUCCCAUCACCACGUCGGCAGAUUG